AUGCCCCCAGCUGGUUUCAAGCGUUCUCGUGCCCUUUGGGACGAAGCCCGUCGCCCUCGUGAUCGCAAGGUAGAGGAAUGGAAGAGUCUACUGCGUGCCAUCUUGUACGAGCUGCAGCCUGUGCGGUUCAUUACUCAUGCAGGCCCUGUGGUUCUGAUAUCCACGGCACUUGCAAUUAUCUUUACCGUUGGAUUGGGCGACAAUGAAAAUGACGGAGAGUUGUCGGCUUAUUCCGUCUUUAAUCGAGGCUUUCAACGACUCAUGGGAUCCGUCGAUGUCGAAGAACUCGUCAAUCAACACGUGGGUGGAGGCAUGAUGAUGGGAGCAGCAGGAAUGCAUCCACCUCCUCCUCUAGUAGUGGAUGAUGAUCAGGAACAUCGACGACAAGAACGACCACAACAACCUCGGCAGAACCACGACAAUGCAAACACAACCAGCAAAAUGACGACAAUAAUAAUGAGCAGCAGCAGCCACAACCGCAAAAUAAUAGAAAAAAGGCGGGCAAAAAAGAAAGACGACGAAACUUGGAAGAACGAGAGGAUCGUCGUCGGCAACGGGAAGCUGCUCGAGCCAUGGGUUUGGAUGGCGCUGGUGGCGAAACAAGAAUCUCAUGGCCAUGCAACGAUUGAUCGAAGACCAAGUGCUGCUGCUGCUGCUCAAAAUGGGAAUGAUGACAAUAAAAUUAUGCCCACAAGCCAUAGCAACCUACUGGAAGUGGCGUACCCAACUAGAUGGAUGACAAUAAGACAUCAACUAAAUAAACUGGAGUCUGCUGCACAGCCAUAA